AUGUCGGACUAUGAAGAUGAUAUGGACUUGGACGCGCCUCCGUCCAAGGACAAGUCCAUUCAGUUCAGCUCAGACAACGCUGCGGGCAAGCAGAAGCGAAUAGCGGCUGACUUGCCAGUGGAAGCAGAGGACAAUUUACCAUGGGUUGAGAAAUAUCGGCCUAAUACCCUCGACGAGGUUUCGGGCCACCAAGACAUCCUCGCCACAAUCAACAGAUUUGUCGAACACAACCGACUACCACAUCUCCUCUUUUACGGCCCCCCAGGGACCGGAAAGACUUCUACCAUCUUGGCGCUGGCGCGACAGAUCUAUGGGCCAAAGAACAUGAGGCAGAUGGUCCUCGAACUCAAUGCUUCAGAUGACCGCGGCAUCGACGUGGUGCGCGAGCAAAUCAAAACCUUUGCCUCGACAAAGCAGAUCUUCAGUACCUCAACGCAGCAGACAGCGAGUGGGCCUAAACUCGGGCUGGGCGCCUUCAAGCUGAUCGUUCUCGACGAAGCAGACGCAAUGACCUCCGCAGCACAAAUGGCUCUUCGGAGGAUCAUGGAGAAAUACACGGCCAACACAAGAUUCUGCAUUAUUGCAAACUACACACACAAGCUGUCUCCGGCGUUGCUCUCGAGAUGUACCCGGUUUCGGUUCUCACCGUUAAAAGAAGCAGAUAUACGUCGGCUGGUGGACAAGGUGAUUUCACAAGAAAGUGUCAAUAUCACGCCAGACGCAGUUGAUUCGUUGGUCAAAUUGUCGAAGGGCGACAUGCGUCGCGCACUGAACGUUCUUCAAGCCUGCUAUGCCGGGUCACGGCCACUCCCGAUGCGAGGACAACCACCGGUUCCUGAGUCCGAGAUCAAAUACGAGUUGAUCACGAACGACACGAUUUACAACUGUAUCGCAGCGCCACAUCCUGAGGAUAUCCGGUUAAUUAUGACGACGAUGCUGAGCACGCCAGAUCUAACUGAGUGUCUAAGGACGAUCAAUGCCCUGAAGAGUAGCCGAGGAUUGGCACUGGCCGAUAUAUUGACUGCGCUGGCCGAAGAGUUGCAGAACCUCGAGGUUGGUGCCGCGACCAGAGUGACGUGGUUGCAGGGCCUUGCAGAGAUCGAAUACAGAUUGGCAGGAGGCGGAAGUGAGGGGGUGCAGACUGGUGGCAUGGUUGGCGUUGUGAGGACUGGAUGCGAAUUGAUGGGAGAAAAAGGGAUCGGCGAGAAGAUGAGUGUUGACGGAUGA